AUGAUGUUCUCGACGAGACUCGCUAUGGGGGCCCUGCUGCGGCGGGCCGCGCUGCCGACGGUCAGAAGGGCUGCUUGGAAGGCCGGUGUUGGUGGGUCCGCUUUGGCGCUGGUCGCAACGGGCUACAACAGUUCACAGAUCCGACUGGAGGGUCGUCCUGCGAGUUCCCUGGCCAUAGGAGAUACCUUCGAGAUGAAGAUGUACUUGGAGUCGCAGCGGGAACUCGACGCUGCAAGGGAACGGAAGAGAGACACCGCGGUGCAGAGGUCCCGCUCUCUGGUCGUACGGCUCUGCAAACGGCUUUGGUUCGCAAUGGACGACCUACUGUGGUCGCCACUGUGCACAGUCGUACGGUUUGCACACCUCGCUUUGCUCAUUGUACCCCUUGCGGCAGCGUACCCUGUGUGUGCUACGGCCCAGUGGUACAAGCUCGUCAGGUUUAUCUGCCAGCACGCUGGCCCCACUUUCAUCAAACUGGGUCAAUGGGCAGCAUCCCGUACGGACCUGUUUCCGCCAGAACUCUGUGAGGAACUCUCGUCUCUCCACAGCAACGUGAGCCCGCACCCAUUCGCAUACACGGAGUCCACGCUGUGCGAGGUGUUCCAAGUCGAACGGCUCGACCAAGUAUUCGAUGAGUUCCACCGCACACCUUUGGGUGUAGGGGCUAUUGCACAAGUUCAUGCGGCACACCGAAGGGAUACGGACCAGUGGUGUGCAGUCAAGAUCAUCCACCCUCGUGCGGCACGCAUCAUCAACAGGGACCUCCAGAUCAUGCGGUUCUGGGCAGCCACGGUCAACAUGAUCCCCACGAUGGAGUGGCUUUCGCUCCCUGACGAAGUCGCCCAAUUCGCAAUCCUAAUGCGCCUGCAAUUGGACCUCAGGAUUGAAGCGCAAAACCUGACCAGGUUCCAUGAGAACUUCCCGCAAUCAGUGACCACUAAGUUCCCACAGGCCCUCGACAUGGAACAUACAACCCGCGACGUUCUCAUAGAAGAAUAUAUCAACGGGUUCCCCAUGGGGAAGUUCCUACAGGAGAAGACUCGCAUUGGCGACCCGGAACUGACCCGCCGCGUCAGCGUACCCUUCGUCGACGCGUUCCUCCAGAUGCUCAUCCUGGACGACUUUGUCCACGCGGACUUGCACCCGGGGAACGUCAUGGUCAGGUUUGUCCGCACCAACAAGCUCGGCACCCAGGUAAUCUCCUCGGAGCAAGAACACGACCGUAUAGUCAACGAAUUGAAGGACUUGUCUCGAACCCACAGCGACGCACUCACUGGGAAGCUUGUUUGUUUACUCACUGAUUACACGCCGCAGAUAUGUUUCAUAGACGUUGGGCUCGUCACUGAACUCAACGAAACGAACCGUGUCAAUUUCAUCGACUUGUUCAACGCGCUUGCCAGUUUCGAUGGGUACAAAGCUGGUGAAUUGAUGGUCGAGCGGUCGCGCACCCCAGAGACUGCGAUCGACAAGCAAGGGUUUGCCUCGAAAGUGGACCGGCUCGUCCGGGAGGUCAAGCAGCGGACUUUCACGCUGGGCACGAUCUCGAUUGGCGACCUUCUCGAGCAGAUGCUUUCGAUGGUCCGCUCGCACCACGUCCGCAUGGAGGGUGACUUCGCGUCGAUGGUCAUUGCGAUCUUACUUUUGGAGGGGAUUGGCCGCCAACUGGACCCGGACCUCGACUUGUUUGAGAGCUCGCUGCCUUUGCUCCGCGAGUACGCGAUAAACCGCGAGGCCCACUCGUUCCUCAACAGCACAGACAUGUGGCAGAUGGGUGCGCUGUGGGUGGCACUAGAGACCAAAAAACUCAUGCACUUGACCAUCAAAGAGAUAUACAACCUGCUCAAGACGGACCAACUGUGCCCGAACUACUAG